GCUGAUUUGCGUUUCACAAUUCUAGAAGAAUGUGAUAGAAAACAAGCCUCCACGAUCAACCAAUCACUGAUCAGGAUAUGGAUAGUUAAUUUUGAUGCGCGGAUAUUUAAGCGAGACGCACCUGAGAUUAUGAAUCAUUAAAAAACAGAUCUUUGACUAACUGCACUUUGGUUUUCGUGGAUAUCCAACAUGACCACAUAUACGGAUAAAGGACCAAAGCCCUUGGGUGGAAAGUUUCUAUGCUUUGAUCACAUUAAAUUCUGGGUUGGAAAUGCAAAGCAGGCUGCCAGUUUUUAUUGCACUAGACUAGGUUUUGAACCUUAUGGCUAUCGUGGUUUAGAAACUGGUUCAAGACAAAUUGCAGGUCAUGUUGUGAAACAAAAUCAGAUUAUUUUUGUAUUUGAAUCAGCUUAUGAACCUGAUAACAAAGAGAUGGCAAGUCAUCUCUCCAGACACGGUGAUGGUGUCCGUGAUAUUGCCCUCAACGUUGAGGAUAUAGAGACCAUUGUAAAAAUCGCAAAAGAGAAAGGAGCAAAAGUAAUUAAAGAUAUAUGGGAAGAAAGGGACGAGAAUGGUACUGUAAAAUUAGCUACAAUAAAAACUUACGGAGAUACCUAUCAUACCCUCAUAGACAGAUCGAAGUACAAAGGAUUUUUCCUGCCAGGAUAUCAAAAACUAGAGAAAGAUACGCUUCUCAAGAAUUUACCAAAAGUUGGAUUAAAUUUUGUGGAUCAUAUUGUUGGUAAUCAACCUGACAAAGAAAUGGAACCCGUCGCAAAAUGGUAUGAACGAUGUUUACAGUUUCACCGAUUCUGGUCGGUAGAUGAUACUCAAUUGCAUACUGAAUAUUCUGCCCUACGGUCUAUCGUUAUGACAAAUUGGGAAGAGACAGUGAAAAUGCCUAUCAAUGAGCCUGCUCCUGGCAAAAAGCGAUCUCAAAUACAGGAAUAUGUUGAAUACUAUGGAGGAGCAGGAGUGCAACAUAUUGCUCUUAAUACAAAUGAUAUAAUCACAGCUAUAGAAAAUCUACGAGCCAGAGGUGUGGAAUUCCUGAAUGUACCGGAUACUUAUUACGACAUGUUAAGAAAUCGUUUGAAGAACAGUGGUGUAAAAAUUUUAGAAGAUCUUAAUAUACUUCAGAAAUUGAAAAUUUUAAUUGACUACGAUGAGAAUGGAUAUCUUUUACAAAUAUUUACUAAAAACAUGCAAGAUCGACCGACUCUUUUCAUAGAAGUUAUUCAAAGGCACAAUCACAAUGGAUUUGGAGCUGGAAAUUUCCAAGCACUGUUUGAAGCUAUUGAAAUGGAACAAGCUAAACGCGGCAACUUAUAAAUUAUAACUAGAUAAUCACUUUAAGACUACAUAGAAUUAUGCAUAUUUAUUGCAUUUAAUAAUUUUAUAUGUUGUAUUUAGUGGCCAGCAUCUAUUUUACAAAAAUACAUACAGCAUGAAGAGAAAAUAUGUAAUAACACAAUUCGAAGCACGAUAGUCGACCAUCAAAAUCAAAGAUUACAUAACAUGUUAUUUCGGUAUAAUAUCGUAAUCAUGUAAUCAACAACAGGCGUAUUUAAAAGAAUGAGGAAAGCAAGGCAAUUAUUAAACUGUUUAUUUUUAAUGCUCUCCUGUUUCUUAUUUUGUGGCCAAGAUAUAAGCGGAUAUUUGUUUCUUUUUAUAUAAAAAUUGCAAUAUCUAGAAAAAAUGGAAUAAUAUGUGAUUGACAAAGGAUAUUAAGGAAAAAGUAGCUCACUUAUUUCAAUCUCUGGGGAGUCCAUGGUUCAGAUUUUUGUCUGCUAUUAACCAUGGUGAACUUGCAGACAAUUUUCCUUCACGCGCUAUCAUGAAUGCCUAGGCGGAAAAUGUCGUGUUGGCAAAAGAAUGAAUUCCCCAGUGGCUUCAGCACAAAAAUCUGUGAGAAGGCAUGUGGUGGAUCUUCAUCUGCCUGUAACAGAUUGAACAGAUACGUUAUUAGAAUAAAUAUUAUGAAGGUAAAUAUAUUUAAAAAUAUUCAAUUUGUACACCCUGCAUAAAAUGAACUUCAUAUGCAGCAGUUAAACCAAAUUGAUUGUAUGUAAAAAUAUAUAAAUAUAAGGUAGAUUGUAGUGGACUGUAAUCAAUUAUUUUAUUAACAGUCAUGCAAAAAUUAUACAAAUGCUGUCUGAGAUAUAAAAAACAUAACAAGUAAAA